AUGAGUCUGCAGAGGUCUGUAAAUGGCGCAAGUGCUUGUUCAUCUGAAGAUGACGGCGGAGUCUUGCGCGGUAUAGUGACAGAGCUGAUGGAAACAUCAAGCGAUUCAAGUGAGUCUGAUGAUGACGAGAUUUACCAAAUCGUUAUGGAUAAUUCUGAUAGCGACGAUGAGGAUUUAUUAGAGGAACUAUUGAGGGAUAGAGAGAGAAAUAAGAGGAAUAGCAUUAAAAACUAUUUGGAGGAAGUGGUAAAUGGCGCAAGUGCUUGUUCAUCUGAAGAUGACGGUGGAGUCUUGCGCGGUAUAGUGACAGAGCUGAUGGAAACAUCAAGCGAUUCAAGUGAGUCUGAUGACGACGAGAUUUACCAAAUCGUUAUGGAUAAUUCUGAUAGCGACGACGAGGAUUUAUUAGAGGAACUAUUGAGGGAUAGAGAGAGAAAGAAGAGGAAUAGCAUUAAAAACUAUUUGGAGGAAGUGGUACCUACCUAUACUGAGGCAGAGUUUAAGAUGCACUUCCGUAUAUCGAAGGAACUGUUUCUCAAUUUGUCAGCUAAAUUUGAGGAAAGCGAUAUAUAUAAGAGCCUUCGAGUCGAUAAGCGUUUACCAGGGAAGACAAACAUGGCAGUUUUCUUAUGGUUUGCCGGUCAUGAAGCAUGCAGCUUUCGUGACUUAUCCGACCGCUUUAAUAUAUCACUGUCGACUGUUUCUCGUAUGGUCAAUAGAACGACAGUGUUCAUUAGCAGUUUGAGUCCAGAGGUUAUACGAUGGCCUACUGAGGAGAAGAAGCGAGAUUCGGCACUUUUUUUACCAGAAAAAGUGGCUUUGCAAAAGCAAUCGGUAAGUGGAUGCAUUGAUGGCACGCAUAUCGUCAUUGAUCCUCCAGCUGAGCGGAAAGAUGACUACAUUGACCGGAAAGGCAACAUUACCCUUACUAUGCAGGCCAUUUGCGAUGAAAAUAAAAAGUUCAUCAACAUAUUCGUUGGAUUUCCUGGAUCAAGUCACGAUAGUUGGGUUUUUCAGAACUCGCCUAUUUACCAAAAAUUGUCAUCGUAUUGUGGAGAUUACUACUUACUAGGAGACUCUGCUUACCCGUGCACUCAGUACGUUAUCACGCCAUAUAAGGAUAAUGGUCACUUGACGGCCGCGCAGAAAAACUUCAAUGUGAAGCUAAGCUCCGGUCGCGUUGCAAUUGAGCACACAUUCGGAAUCCUGAAGCAGCGAUUUAGGCAGUUGUACUAUUGUAAGCUAAGGGGUAGUAGGAAGUUGUGCCACUUCAUAAGGGCGUGUUGUGUUUUGCACAAUAUUGCGAACGAGAGCGAUUUAGAAUUUUCGCCAGAAGUUUUAAUUGAAGAAAGAGCAGAAAAUGAAUGUGGUGAAACAGCCAGAGGAAACUCUGUCCGGGAUGCCAUUUGUAUGGAUUUGCCACCGAGGCAACAAUCAAGAAGUAUUCCUUAAUUUAACAUUUAGAUUAAGAUUAAAAUAAGAUUAAUAUUAAGAUUUAGUUU